AUGGAAGAGAACAGAAGGAUCUCUCUGGGCCCUGAGUUUCUGAGAUGCGGCAUCUGCCUGGACUCCUUUACGAACCCGAAGGCCCUCUCGUGCCUUCACACCUUCUGUCGGGACUGUCUGGCCCAGUACGCCGCCCGGCGCUCCAGCUUCCCCUGCCCCAACUGCCGCCGGACGGUCUUCCUGCCCUCCCACAGCGGAAUCGACGGGCUCCCCGACAACUUCUGGCUCGCAAGCAUCAAAGAAGAGCUGAGCAAGAAGAAGAAGAAGGGGGCUCCGAAUGGAGAAGAAAAAUGCGCCGUACACGAGGAAGAGAAGAAGCGGUGGUUCUGCGAAAACUGCAAACACCCCAUCUGUGACGAGUGUAUAGUGGAGAGUCACAACGGGCACAGAGUCACCAAGUUUAAAGAGCUGCUCGCAGCAAAACGCGAAGAGAUGCACUCCCUCCGACAGGCGGUGGCCGAGCAGGUAGACAGCAUGAAAACGCAACUGGAAAAGACAGAGGAGGAGGGGAGAAAGAUCAUGGCGGCGAAGGGGAAAAUUGAGGUGGAAAUCAGGAGCUGCGCACAAUCGUGGUGCGACAUAAUACGACAGAAAGAACGACAACUACUCGACAAAACGGCGACACUGACAGAGGAAUCCCAAACCCUCUUCCUCGAGGAGCACGAACGGAUGAGGCUGGCCAUCAUAGACGUCUCGACUAUGCUGGACAAAGUCCAAGCUACAACAGACGAGGGCAACUUGGACGAAGUACUCCGAGGGGUAGAAGUGCUAACGACUCUGCGGCAGAACGCAGAUGAAAUCAAGCAAGCUUCGGCGACCAUCGAAACUCCGAAAAUCAGCUUCACCCCGCUAGAGGUGUGGCCUACUGAGCUAGGCGAGGUUCAAGUCACCAGCCUUCCGGACAGACGAGUUAGAGGAAAGACUAAGUCUUACAGGGACUCCGGACAGCUCAGAAUGGGCGGCCAGCACAUACUUUUCCCCAAGACCCCUACCAACAGAGUUGCCUCAAGCCGGGUGGUUCGAGUAGGGGGCGCGGAAUGUGGAAACGGCGCCCUGGAGGAACCGUCCGGACUGGCCGUUACCGCCGACAAGAAGAUCCUCGUCUCUGAUUGGGCCAAGCAGCUGAUCCAAGUGUUCGACCAAAACGGCCGUUUCGUCCGAAACGUCCACCUGAACGACCGCGGAAAAGUCAGCCCAGGAAGGCUUGCGGUGGACUCCAGGUCUGGGAGGAUCUAUCUUCAGUGCACCGUUCCCUGUAACUCUGGAAGGGAUAAGAAGAUCAUCAAGGUAUUGAGCGACCAGGGAAGGCAUCUGUUCCAGCUCGGGUCGGGGCUGCGCCGACCCCACGGAGUGUCGUGUCACACCGGAACCGGAAACAUCGCCAUCUUGGACACAGAUCUGCGCACCGUCGUCAUCAUGUCACGUGACGGAGAGCGACAAAUGAGCACCUUCGGAUGCAACCUGGAGCACAACGCCCCUCCCCCCAUCUGCUUGGACUCCAUCGCCGUGGCGCCGAACGGUGACGUCGUCAUGGCGGACUGGUGGUACAGCUGCGUCAAGGUCUUCGAUCCUGAAGGUCACGUCCGAUUCACGUUUGGGUCGCCCGGAGAGCGAGGGGGUCAGCUCAACCACCCGGGAGGGGUGUGCGUGGACUCCCGGGGGAACAUCAUCGUGGCGGACGAGAGAAACGGGCGGGUGCAGAUGUUCGAUGCGUCCGGGAACUUCGCGCGGGUUCUCGCGUCAAGGUCAGACGGACUGGAGUUCCCCAACUGCGUCGCCGCGGUGGACGACGGGAAAAUCGCCGUGACGGAUGAUGGGAAGAAGUGCGUGUUCCUGAUAGAACAUGAUCAGGCCUAGGAUUCAAGAAGUUGUCAACAAAUGACUGGAAAAAACCUGCAAGUCUUCGCCAAAACCAAUGGUCUUCUUUGGCGUUCAGAAUCCAAUUAAUCUCCAAGCAGAUACGUGGGGCUGUCAGCUUUUACAGGAGGCCAAUGGCCUGAUACAGGCAGCCAAUAUAGACUUCCUUUGCCCAACAGAAUCUGCUUAGAGAUAAAAUCCAAUAACAAGUCACUGCUGGUGGUGGAACGUUUAUUAAUAUCUUUAACUAUGCCAUAAUGUCCACACUUCUCACAAAGCAACACUUGUACAGGGUCACCAGCACAAAAUGUAUGGACAAAACG